GCCGGGGGCCAUGAACUCAAGUUCACACUGGGCUAUAGACCCAGGCAGCGCGUUCCCCUGGACCAGGGAUGUGAUACUUCCUUCACCCAACUCAGCCAGGCAAGCCUGGGCCCGAGCACCUCGAAGGUCUCAGUUACUAGGGUCUGAAUCAGCAAACAAGGGGAAUCACAAUGGAAAGAACAAGUGUGUCAUCACUGAUUCCCUUGUGCUCCUACCCAUGGUCAUAGGACAACAGGGUCCCAAAUACACCAGGUCCUGGGCACCGGGUCCCACGCUUGCAUAUGCCCACUCUCCUGGAGUUUGUGGAGAGGCCCAGAUGGUCACUAACGAGCCUCAUAAAGGCCCAGUCGCUGAGCCAGCAUGUACACAAAGGGUGACCGCGCAGCCCUGACUUCAAACACAGGUCCCUAAAGCAGGGGCGACUUAUCCACUCGGCACGGUAGGCUCAGGGCCACAGUAUUUAUACAAGCCCGCAAAAAAUGUUUUAAUUUUAAUCUUUUUUAAUCAGAAGAAAAUAUUAAUAUAAAAUAAUGAAUUCAGUCUAGAUUAUAUCUGUCCUUAUACCAAUGUAGUUGUAAUACAUAUAUUUUUUUGACUACAAGGUUGUGAGAGCUUAGUUCCCUAAUCCGAACCCCUGCCCCCUGCAUUGGAAGGGCAGAGACUUAGCCACUGGACCACCAGGGGAUUCCCUUAAAAUGUUUUUUUUUUAAGAAAGGGGUCAACAAAAGUGAAAGUGCCUAGUGCCCAGAGAUGUCACAAUUCAGCUCUGUGGGGAAAGCACCCAGACUUCAGUAUUACAGACAAGCCUGCCCCGUGGGUUCUGCCACCCAGACAGCCCCGACGCACUGCCUCCACUCCCACCCCAUCCCAAAUAAACCCACCCGAGUCCUGAUACAGACAGUCCAGCCCAGUGCUGACCGAGUGGGAGGGGCCACUUCCGGACCAGUCCCACCUCCUACCAAGGGCUUUUUUGGCUAGGAGCGCAGGGGUGGCUCAGCUGUCUGGCCCAGCCCUCUCACCCACGGCCCGCCCCUCAGCCCGCCCCCAGACUGGGUGGGGUGACCCCCUACAAAAGCUCAGCGUUUCCAGCAGCAGUUUUCUUCCUCCAAGAGUGUCGGUGCGCCUGGGACCAGAGUUAAGGAACAGAAUCUUGCUGAUGCCUGCACAGGCCCAAACCCAGGGGUCAGGAAGUUUGGAGAAUGAGGCCUUUCAGCCCUGAGGUUUCCCUACACCUGCCCUGGGCCAUGGCAGCCCACUUGCUUCCUGUCUGCACCUUCUUCCUGAACUUGCUCAGCAUGACCCAAGGUUCCUGGGACCCUGUGGUACCCAACCAGCCAUUCACCACCAUCUGGAACGCUAACACCGAGUGGUGUAUGAAGAAACACGGCGUGGACGUGGACAUCAGUAUCUUUGAUGUGGUGACCAACCCGGGGCAGACCUUCCGCGGCCCUAACAUGACCAUUUUCUACAGCUCCCAGCUGGGUACCUACCCUUACUAUACAUCUGCUGGGGAGCCUGUGUUUGGUGGCCUGCCCCAGAAUGCCAGCCUGAAUGCCCAUCUGGCCCACACAUUCCAGGACAUCCUGGCUGCCAUACCUGAGUCUCACUUCUCAGGGCUGGCAGUCAUUGACUGGGAGGCAUGGCGCCCACGCUGGGCCUUCAACUGGGACACCAAGGAUAUUUACCGGCAGCGCUCACGGGCACUGGUACAGAAGCAGCACCCAGACUGGCCAGCUCCUCGGGUGGAGGCUGCAGCUCAGGACCAGUUCGAGGGGGCUGCAGAGGAAUGGAUGGCGGGCACCCUCAAGCUGGGACAAGCACUGCGGCCUCAGGGCCUCUGGGGCUUCUAUAACUUCCCUGAGUGCUACAACUAUGACUUUAAAAGUCCCAACUAUACCGGCCAGUGUCCACAAAACAUCCGUGCCCAGAAUGACCAGCUCGGGUGGCUGUGGAGCCAGAGCCGUGCCCUCUACCCCAGCAUCUACCUGCCCGCAGCACUGGAGGGCACGAAGAAGGCACAGAUGUACGUGCAGCACCGUGUGGCUGAGGCAUUCCGUGUGGCGGCAGGUGCUGGGGACCCCAAGCUGCUGGUGCUGCCCUACACGCAGAUCUUCUACGACAUGACUGACCACUUUCUGCCCCCGGAGGAGCUGGAACACACCCUGGGGGAGAGUGCAGCCCAGGGGGCAGCGGGAGUGGUGCUCUGGGUGAGCUGGGCGAACACAAGAACCAAGGAAUCAUGCCAGGCCAUCAAGAAGUAUGUGGACACGACGCUGGGACCCUCCAUCCUGAAUGUGACCAGCGGGGCUCGUCUGUGCAGUCAGGUCCUAUGCUCCGGCCAUGGCCGUUGUGCCCGGUGCCCCAGUUACCCCAAGGCCCGCCUCAUCCUCAACUCCACCGGUUUUUCCAUCAAGCCCACGCCUGGUGGUAGGCCCAUGACCCUACGAGGUGCCCUCUCACUUGAGGAUCGGUUGCGGAUGGCGGUGGAGUUCGAAUGUCGCUGCUAUCGAGGGUGGCGGGGGACACGGUGUGAGCAGUGGGGCAUGCGGUGACUGGCACGGGCACACACUGGGUACCUGAUGCAGUCUGGGCCUGGCUAGGGCUUUCCCAAGUCCAGGCAGGCACGGGAGUCAUGGCUACAGUCAGAAGUCCAUUCAGUCAGUGUGAUGAGCAUACACCAGUGCGCGACACCUGCUUACAGACCAAGAUAGCUGCAUAAGGAGUUAGAGCCCUGGGCAUCCACCCGACAGAGUCAAAAAUACUUCCUCUGGAGACACUGAGUCAGUCUUCAAACACAAGCAGCCACAAGCAGUGACAUUCGGGACUUCCCUCGCCAUCCAGAGGUUAAGACGUGGAGCUUCCACUGCAGAGGGCGGAGACUAUGAUCACGCAUGUUGCGUGGUGCGGUUAAACAAAUAACAAAUAAAUAAAUUGACAUUCA